CGGAUCCGAAUCUCUCUGCCAUAUACCAUGCUCUGACAAACUCAAUUGGUGACAUGCUGCUCACGGAAGCGGGCUGACAGUCAUCGAGCUCGACAACAAGUACUGCAAUCUCUCGGACAACUUUCGGAGAUCCAGCAUCAUGAUAACACCUGGAUGUCUGCAUUGAACUUCAGCAACGGUCCGUUCAGCCGUGGCAAAGGCGGUGCGAGGUAGCCGCCAGCAUGAGUGCGCCAGAGGACUUCGCGACGCUGCGACGGGACGCCGAGAGACUGGAAGACCAACUGAGUCAUGCAAGCAGCCGGAGCGAGGCAUUGGACAUUGCACUCAAAGCCGCCGAGACGUCGAUGAAGGCGCUCUCGCUGGUGCAAGAUCCUGCCCAACGAGCUGCGUGUAGAUCACGAGCAGAGCAGUAUAUGCGAGAGGCGGAACGUAUCAAGCACGAUGCAAACUGGCGUUCAAGAGUCAAAUCUCCUGCGUGGCUCAAGGUUGAAGUGCCUCCGACGCCACCAACGACUGCUGCCACUCAAGCAGCAGCGGCAACCAAGGUGAGACAGUUGCCAGUGCCGCUCAACUCUCGCAAGCUCUCUACAAGAGAAAAGAUCAUCGUCACCAAAGCUGGCUUCCUCAACGGAGUCAAGUUCCCAGAAUGGAGUAGUGAUCCCUCGCCGAAAGAGUUCGAGCUGGCAGACGGUGAGGAUCUAUUCUUCGACGAGGCUUCAGAAUUACCAUUGUCGGAAUUCCAGGAGGAUGUCCUUGACAGCUGGAAGCGUCCACAAGAUGCGCUACCUCCUCCAGCGUGGUUUCAAGGUGAUCAGAGCCAUCUCGGACCUACCAUGAGCUUCUUUCGCAACAUCGAUCUGGUGCAGGAUGCAGCGACUGACUGCUCUGUCGUUGCCUCGCUUUGCGCUGGCGUUGCUCGUGUCCAAAAUGGACACCCAAGAAUGCUUCAGAACGUCAUGCAUCCUUUCGAUUUCGAAACUGGAGAACCACUCAUCUCCAAGAACGGGAAAUACAUCGUAUGCAUGAACUUCAAUGGAUGUCAAAGGCGAGUCGUCAUCGACGAUCGCAUUCCUACGAGCUCAACCAAACGUGUCAUCCACGUUAUCGAUCGGAACAAUCCAGGAUUGUUAUGGCCGGCGCUCAUCGAAAAAGCGUACUUAAAAGUGCGAGGCGGCUACGACUUUCCUGGUAGCAACAGCGGAACCGACUUGUGGAUACUCACUGGAUGGAUACCAGAGCAAAUACAUCUACAAGGAGAUGAACUCGAGCUCGAUCGACUGUGGUCACGCAUGCUCAAUGCAUUCUCGUAUGGCGAUGUUCUUGUGACGAUGGGCACAGGAAAAAUGUCGGACAAGACCGAACGAGCCCUGGGGCUUGCCAGUGAGCAUGACUAUGCCGUUCUCGACCUGCGUGAAGUGGGCGGGCAACGUUUGAUGCUAGUCAAGAACCCAUGGGUGGAAGGAACGAGCUGGCGCGGUAGGUCACGCAGAAGCGAAAGAAGUCGAGAAUUGUCUCCAGAAGGACCGUGUGUCCCACUCGAUGAAGAGAGUGCAUCUGUUGAUUCACCUAGAGAUCUGCUCAACGAGAAGGAUCUACCUCCCGGCACCUUCUGGAUGGACCUCGACAGUGUACAGCAAUAUUUUGAGUCUGUCUACCUGAAUUGGAACCCUGGUCUGUUCAAGUAUCGGCAAGAUGCGCAUUUCGAGUGGGACUUUUCUAAGACUCAUGACGAUAAUGGCUUCUGCAAGUCUCGCGGUCCUGCUGCGAGUUUGCAACACAAUCCGCAAUUCACUGUGGCGACGAGUCAGCGGCAAGAUGUAUGGAUCCUGCUUUGGCGACACUUCCAAAAUUCGGUUCCCGAAGAUGCCACGGCCGAGGACAUUGAAAGUGGUCGGCAUUUUAUUGACCUGAGCGGAUACAUCACAUUGGCAGCCUUUUUUGCUCAAGGACGUAAGGUCAUGUUAUCAGAACGCUACAUCCAGAAAGGUCUGUACGUGGACAGCCCACAGACUCUCUUGAAGCUCGAGAAUUGCGAGCCUGGCAAGCCGUAUACGAUUGUCCCUCUGGAACAGGACCUGCCAGCCAACAAGCACUCCUUCACAAUAUGCACAUUCAGCAACUCUCCUAUCGUGCUCGAUCAUGCAAUAUCGCGCUACGCGCACCUCACACACGUCAAUGGUUCGUGGACACAGCAGUCUGCCGGCGGCAAUACACAAAACCCAACAUAUUGCGACAAUCCGCAGUACACCAUUACAGUACCUAGGAAGACCGGCAUCAGCUUACUGCUCGAGGCAAGCAACCCGAAAUACAAUGUCAAUGUCCGACUUCUCCACAGUGGGGGCGAGCGCGUGUUCAACAUGCGUAUGAAAGAUAUCAUUGCCGAUAGUACAGUCUAUCGCCAGGGAUGUUGCAUUGCAGAGCUUGAAGAGCUUGAUCCGGGCAAAUAUACAGCUAUCUGCAGUACAUUUGACCCUCAACAGCUUGGGGACUUUACUCUUCGCAUUGACUCUGCAGAGCAAACGUUUGCCAAACUGCUCCCUCGGGAAGGUGCAGGCAGAGUCCGCUUUGAGAUAGAGGGGGCGGCCUUCAAGGAGGGCAUGACAAAAAUCGCAGCGCCGAUAAUGCCCCAUCGUCUGGUGAACUUCUAUGCGAUUGCUCGACAGGCAGCGCUCGCGUCCGGGUAUGGUCGCUCGGGCAGCCGCUCACAUGUAAGACUGAGUGUCGAGCAUGGACGAGGGCCUUCGCGCUUCAUCCGGAUCGAGAGCAACAAUGGAGAGUACAGUGAUACCUCGGGAGGCGCCGUAAGAACAAAUGCGAUUGAUCUCGGACCGAACGAUCGCAUGUUGGUCUCUCAAGGCUGCGUGCUAGUGCUCGAUCGUAUGUAUGUGAGCUCGGAGAACCUGGAGGAGACUUUUCAGGUGGAGUUGUUCAUGGACCAGCCGAAUGCGAUUGCAGUUGGGCCAUGGCGAGCGUGGGAUGAUUGACGAAGCGAUCGGGUAGAUUUUUUCCGUACUUGAAGGCAAUCGACUUGCGCUUUUCUCCCCCUGUACAACUAUCCGUAUGCAAGACAUAUUCCCAGCUGCGCUACGGACUUUGCCG